AUGUACGGAUGUGGAAUGAUUGUUAAUGGUACGAACACUUUCGGAACUGGUCACAUCGAUUGCGAUAAUACCUUCGAGUCAGAUAAUUUACCACUCGAACACGAUGACAACUAUAUCUCCUUUGACCCGGUGACUAGGGAAUCGUCAAGUUUCUUUCAUCGUUCUUACAAACAAAGGGUGGUGACCGAUGAUUUAAAGUUUUGGGAAUCAGAACAAGUCUAUGAAACGAAAGACGAGGUUCGCGAUCGAGCUCAUGAUCGAGGUAGACGUCAAUGGAAAUCUAUGAAUCAAACACACUCAACAGAUCAAUCGUCCAAGGCAUUCUCGCAUUCAAUGCCUUCAACAGACUCCACGUCGAGAGUGAUAGCUUGGAGUGGUUGUCUCAGAGCCUCAGAGGGCCAAAAUCCACGGUGUAGAAAAGGUUCAACCUCCAAACAUGACAAGCCAUAA